AUAUACGAAUUAAUAUUCGAUCGUGGGCGAAGUGUGACUGCAUAGCGAUAAUUCUGCAUAGUUCAACGUUUAUGAUUGUUUGUGACAGAGAAUUUUACCGUUCGAUAUUACGGUACUGAAUAAAUGCGAAUUAAUUUGUGAAAUUGCUGAACACAGUGCAUACAAUGAGCUAUCACCGAGGAAGUGGUAAUAAGCCAAAAGGUUUUGGCUUUGCUGGCUUUCAAAUGUCUGGGACAAAAAGAAGUGGUACUAAUAUACCUCCACCUCCGCCAAACUCGGCCUUGAGUAAACAAGGUUAUCACACAAUGAAUGCUAUUACAGAAAAUGCUUUGUCCGCUUGUUGGGGUAUGCCUAAAAAACGCAGCAAAACAGAAGAAGAAUAUUUUGAAGAUGAUGAUGAACCCCCGACUUCAUCAUUGGAAUAUAUACCUGCACCUGGUUCUCCUACAUAUGAUUUAAUGAAAAAAUCUGCAACAAAAGAUGAAAGCGAUGGUGAAGAAGAUCCUUUAGAUGCUUUCAUGGCCGGAAUUGAUGCAGAAGUGAAGCGAAACAGUUGUGCAGCUCAAGGUAGUGAUGAUCGUAAGGAAGACAAAUCAAAAGGAUUUCGGGCAGACAUUGAUGGAGAAGAUGAUGAGGAGAGUUACUAUAGGUAUAUGGAAGAGAAUCCAACUGCUGGUUUGCAACAAGAAGAAUCCGAUCAAGAAAUUGAAUACGAUGAAGAUGGUAAUCCCAUUGCGCCACCAAAGAAAAAAGAGAUUGACCCACUACCUCCAAUCGAUCACAGUGAAAUAGAAUACGAACCAUUUGACAAAAAUUUUUACAAUGUGCAUGAAGAAAUUGCAAGCUUAAGUAAACAACAGGUUGAUGACUUGAAAAAUACUUUGGGUAUAAAGGUAUCCGGACCAUCUCCGCCUAAUCCGGUCACAAGUUUCGCCCAUUUCGGCUUUGAUGACGCGCUGAUAAAAACUAUCCGUAAAAAUGAAUACACGCAGCCUACACCUAUUCAAGCUCAAGCGGUUCCUGCUGCUUUGAGUGGACGAGAUAUAAUAGGUAUAGCAAAAACUGGUAGCGGUAAAACAGCGGCAUUUAUCUGGCCGAUGUUAGUGCAUAUUAUGGAUCAGCGUGAAUUGAAAACUGGAGAUGGUCCUAUCGGUCUUAUCUUGGCACCGACGAGAGAAUUAUCUCAACAAAUUUAUCAAGAAGCGAAGAAAUUUGGAAAGGUUUACAAUAUCCAAGUGUGCUGUUGCUAUGGGGGCGGUAGUAAAUGGGAGCAGAGCAAAGCGUUGGAAAGCGGCGCGGAGAUUGUGGUCGCUACCCCUGGUAGAAUGAUUGAUCUUGUUAAAAUGAAAGCAACGAAUUUAGCUAGAGUUACAUUUUUGGUUCUGGAUGAAGCCGAUAGAAUGUUCGAUAUGGGAUUUGAACCACAAGUACGCUCUAUCUGUAAUCACGUGAGGCCCGACAGACAAACAUUGCUGUUCAGUGCGACAUUCAAAAAGAAAGUAGAAAAACUUGCUAGAGACAUUUUAACAGAUCCUAUUAGAAUAGUGCAAGGUGAUGUCGGUGAGGCCAACACUGAUGUGACGCAACAUGUUAUCAUGUUUCAUAACAAUCCUAGUGGUAAAUGGAAUUGGCUGUUACAGAACUUGGUUGAAUUUCUAAGCGCUGGCAGUCUUUUAAUCUUUGUCACUAAGAAGCUGAACGCGGAAGAACUUGCCAAUAAUCUCAAAUUGAAAGAAUUUGAUGUAUUGCUUUUGCAUGGUGAUAUGGAUCAAAUCGAGAGAAAUAAAGUGAUUACAGCUUUUAAAAAGAAGGAUGUCAGUACCUUGGUCGCUACUGAUGUAGCUGCGCGAGGUUUGGAUAUUCCACAUAUCAAGACUGUCGUAAAUUACGAUGUAGCGCGAGAUAUCGAUACUCACACGCAUAGAAUAGGAAGAACUGGACGAGCUGGUGAGAAAGGUACAGCGUAUACUCUUGUAACUGAAAAGGAUAAGGAGUUUGCCGGACAUUUAGUAAGAAAUUUGGAGGGAGCGAAUCAAGAAGUGUCAAAGAGCUUGAUGGAUUUGGCCUUGCAAAGCGCAUGGUUUAGGAAAUCAAGAUUCAAAAGUGGAAAAGGGAAGAGUUUAAAUAUCGGUGGAGCCGGACUUGGCUUCAGAGGCAGACCAGAAUCGUCGAGUUCGGGUGGAUCAUCGUCAACGCAAGCGUCCAAGGAUAUCAGUGAGGUAGUUAAAAAAUUAGAAAGACACGGACCUGGUAGCGAUCGACUCUCCGCUAUGAAAGCUGCUUUCCGAAGUCAAUAUACUUCUCAGUUCCGAGCAUCGUCAGAUCAUACUUGGGAACAGACAAUCACUCCACCUUCUGUGAUAAUGCCGCCACCGCCGACCGUACCACCACCGAAGCCAGCAGCUCAGGAUAACACUCAAGCCUCCAAUUCCACGGAACCGGAGCGUAAAAGAGUGCGAAAAAGUCGAUGGGAGUGAUCAUGUAAUGUACCAUUAUUUGUGUAUACACUAUAUAGCCGCUAUUAUGCUACAUCGGAACGAUAACGAACUGACUUGUUUUAUAUUACAAUAAAAUUUAAUUUUACCAA